UAGUCCCUUCGUCCCUAUUAUUAUGAUUGUAUUUAUAAUUAUAAUUCUGGCGACAAUUCUCAUUUGUUAUAUAAAGGUUUUAUUGAAAAUUAGAAGUAAUGAUAAUAUGCUUAUCUCAAGUUAUCAACGUCCUGUCGAAAAACGAGCUUUAAGAAAAUUAAUAUCAUAUAUUUUUACAUUCCUUUUACAAUUCAUUCCUCUUCUCACUUAUUACUUUUUUACUCUGGCCGAGAUUGAAAGUAUAUUGUUGGACGUGCUGGCCAUUACAACAAUAAAUUUUGGAGGAAUUGGCAAUUUUGUUCAAUUCGCUAUAAAUGAAGGGUUAAAUUCAAACAAAUUGAAUUCACCAUCAUCAACAAUGGACCAAAAUAUGCAACAGGAAUCUUCUGUUGUAUCCAAACCCAUUAUUUCCGUUACAACCCAUGAAAUUACUGUCGUUAACAACAUAAACGAGUCUGAUUUAACACAAAAUGAUAUAAAUGAUAUUGUUUGUUAUAAUAAUCGUUUACCUUCAGAACCCGAUAAGAAUACAAUAGAUAUUAAUAGAGGUAUUAUAGAUGAAAAUGAUUUAUCGAAUAAUGACGAUGAUGUUUUGACGGUAUUUGAUGGUACAAAUUUGGUGUCAGCGAAUUCACAAAACGUUUUGUUAAAUGAUGAUCAUGAUUUUCAAGAAGAAAUAAAGGAGUACACCAGUCAUUGUUCUAGUUCAUAAUCAUGCCCAUCAUUUGCUCCCUAACAAAAGAAAAAAUUUUUUGUUAUGAUUAAUAAGGAUUUCCAUAAUUCUCACAAUAUUAAACAUUAACCGAUAUAAUGAUAUAUUGCUCUGAGUUUAAAAACCAAAUCAAAAA